AUGUUGACGGUUGAGAAGCAGUGGAUUAAUGUGCAGCAAAAGACCUUCACAAAAUGGCUGAAUGACAAAGUGAAGGCCCGUGAUCUGGCCAUCGAGGACCUGGUCACUGAUUUAUCUGAUGGUGUCAUGCUUAUCCAUCUCCUCGAAAUCCUCGGAAAUGAAUCUCUUGGUCGAUAUGCGUCGAAGCCCAAGCUGCGGGUACAGCGAUUCGAAAAUGUCAACAAGAGUCUGGACUUCAUCAAAGGAAGAAAGAUCCAAAUGACCAACAUCGGAGCGGAGGAUAUCGUCGAUGGCAACCGCAAGAUCAUUCUCGGUUUGAUCUGGACUUUGAUUCUCCGAUUCACCAUCAGUGACAUCAGCGAAGAGGGUAUGACAGCCAAAGAAGGUCUCUUGCUUUGGUGUCAACGGAAAACAGCAUGCUAUGAAGGUGUGGAGGUGCGGGACUUUUCGUCAAGCUGGAACGACGGAUUAGCGUUCUGUGCCUUACUCGAUAUUCACCGACCCGAUUUAAUCGACUACGAUGCGUUGGAUAAGAGCGACCACCGUGGCAAUAUGAAACUUGCGUUUGAGAUCGCUUCGAAGGAAAUCGGAAUUCCCGAUCUGCUGGAUGUGGACGAUGUGUGCGAUGUGCCCCGACCUGAUGAGCGAUCAUUGAUGACAUACAUUGCCUACUGGUUCCAUGCUUUCUCGCAAUUAGAAAGGGUUGAAAACGCCGGUCGCCGAGUUGAGAAGUUUGUCAACAACAUGCAUGGAGCAUGGGAUAUGCAAUCAGGAUAUGAACGUCGAAUGAAGGAGCUCCUUCAAUUAAUUCGGGCUCAACGUGACCAAUGGAAGAACUCCUCGUUUGAGGGAACCUACAAAGAUGUGAAGGAACAGGCCCACAAAUUCUCUCUAUACAAGCGACAUGAGAAGCGUCAAUGGGUAGCGGAGAAAUCAGACCUGGCUGCGCUUCUGGGCAACAUUAAAACUAAGCUGGGUACCUAUCGGUUGCGAGCAUAUGAGCCACCUGUCGAGUUAAGCCUUGAAACAUGUGAUCAUGAAUGGGAGUGCUUAACACGAGACGAACACCAGCGCAGCCAGUUAAUCAAUGAGACAAUUCGGGAUAUUAAAAACGCUCUGCGUCGAUCAUUUGCGGACAAGGCAAAUGACUUUGCGUUAACAUUGAAGACCCUGUCUCUCGCUAUUUCUGGCCUGGAUGGAGAUGUUGAAGAUCAGUUGAAGCAUGUUCAGAAGCUGAGCGACAAUCUCCCUCCGCUGGAUGCUUUCCUCGACACAAUUGAAGAUUUAGAUGCGCAGUGCGCUGAGGCGAACGUGGAAGAGAACGAUUUCACAACAUUUACCUUGGACGAGCUUUCGUAUGAACUCAGUCUCGUAAAAUCCAGUAUCUCGAAGAAACUGGCCUUCCUAGAGAACCAAAUGGUUGCUCGCAAUAUGACUAACCUGACGCCGAUUCAACUGGAAGAGUUCGAGUCGGUCUUCCGUCACUUUGAUCGCGAUGCAUCUAAUACCUUACAAGAACUUGAAUUCUCAGCUGCACUUGCCAGUCUGGGACUUGUGUACGAUGAAGAUGAAAUGCACCAGGUCUAUGUGGAAACCUGUGGAGCUAAUAGGCUGUCCCAAAACUCCGGUGUUAGCUUUGAGCAGUUCAUCCGGUUUAUGGUCAGCGUCACGGAAGAUCAAAACACUGCUGAGCAGGUGUUCCAGAGCUUCCGAGAAGUUGCUGAUGGCAAGCCCUACGUGACGGAACUCGAUCUCCGACAUUCACUUAUCCCUGAUGAAGUUAUAGAACACCUGGUGAAGACGAUGCCUCCGCAUGACGGUCCCGAUAUGCUCGAGGACCGUGACCUCGCCAAAUUUGACUAUAUCAGCUUCAUGGAGAAGAUGAUUGAGGAACAGAGGAGGAAUGGAACUGAGUAG